UCUGUCUCUCUAUCUCUUGACUUUAUCACCGUGUCCCAAAAUAAACUCAUUGCCAGGGCCGAGCAGCAGCAGCAGCAGCAAUGACAAAAAAACACGGCGAGCACAAUGAAUGUGAAUGUGGCUGAGUGAGAAAGAAUGCGCUGGAGCUUGCCUCUCUGUCUAUCCCUCCCUUUUUUCUCUUCUCUCCCUCCCUCUUUCUCUCUACCUCCCUCCCUCUCUCUCUCUCUUUCUCUCCCUCCCUCUCUCUCUCUCUCUCUCGUGGGCCGCGACUGCCCUAUCUCUCAUACCAGUGAUCCAGACGAACGGCUCUCUCUCUCACUCUUGCUCUGGCUCUGUUUUUUUUUCUCCCCUUCUUUCUUUCCCUCGCCGUUGCUGCUGCUCUCCCCCGCCUGCCCUCUGUAUCACGCGCUCCCCUCCUCUCUUUCCCUCUCUCUCUCUCACUCUCUUUCUCUCUCUCUCUAACACACACACACACACUCACACACAUACACUCGUUUUUUCUCUCUCUUUCUCUGCUUCUGCCCCUCUCGGUACCUCUGCCUCUGCCUGUGUCUGUGUCUCUGUCUGAGGCCGGUUCUCUCAGAGGAAGGAAGAGAGCGAGAGCGUUCUCUCUCUCCACUCAUGUGAUGGGAAAUAUAAUUAAUCUGUCAAAGGUCUGGAGCUGGGCAGCCCCGGGUCAUGAGAAGGUGUCUGUCAGAAGGUGUUGUGAGUGCAGCGCGUCCCUGUCGCACUGGUACUAUGAGAAGGAGGGUCGGCUCUUCUGCAAGAAGGACUACUGGGCCAAGUUCGGGGAACUGUGCCACGGAUGCUCAGAGCCCAUCACCACAGGCCUUAUCAUGGUUGCAGGAGAACAGAAGUAUCACCCUGAGUGCUUCACGUGCCUGAACUGCCGGAGUUUCAUCGGCGAUGGGGACACGUACGCACUCGUGGAGCGCUCCAAGCUCUACUGCGGCCAUUGCUACUACCAGACCAUCGUUACCCCAGUAACCCUGCCGGACUCGCCGUGCUCCAAGAUCCCCCACACCGUCACCCUCGUCUCCAUUCCCGCCUCCACCGACGGCAAACGAGGCUUCUCUGUCGCCAUCGACCAGACCCCCAGCCCCAACGGCUUCGGACCCGACCACAACCCCACAGUCCGAGUGUCCGAAGUGGACUCAGAAUGCAUAAGUCCUGACGUGAAGAACUCCAUACACGUGGGCGACCGGAUCCUCGAGAUCAACGGAACGCCAAUCCGGAAUGUUCCUCUCGAUGAGAUUGACCUCCUGAUCCAAGAGACGAGUCGUCUGCUGCAGCUGACCAUAGAGCACGACCCACAUGACCGCGGUGGUGGAGGUAGAGGAGGGGGAGGCCCAGUGGACCAGGUGGACGGCCCCAGCCCCCUGUCUCAAGUGUCCAGCCCUGUCUCCCCCAUCACAUCGCCUCCCAACCAGGACGUCAACAACCUCCGCUCACGCAUGAUCACACGCAGCUACAGCAUUGACAAAUCGCCAUGCUCCAGCAACACCGCCUCGCCCUUGUCCCAGCGCAAGGACAUCGGCCGCUCCGAGUCCCUACGCGUCGUGUCCAAUCACACGCACCGCAUCUUCCGGCCCUCUGACCUCAUACACGGAGAGGUGCUAGGGAAGGGCUGCUUUGGUCAGGCCAUUAAGGUGACUCACAGGGAGACAGGAGAGGUGAUGGUGAUGAAGGAGCUGAUUCGCUUCGACGAUGAGACACAGAGGACCUUCCUCAAAGAGGUGAAGGUUAUGCGGUGCCUGGAACACCCCAACGUGCUCAAGUUCAUCGGGGUGCUCUACAAGGACAAGCGGCUCAAUUUCAUCGCAGAGUACAUCAAAGGAGGAACCCUGAGGGAAAUCAUUAAGAAAAUGGAUAGCAACUAUCCAUGGAACCAGCGAGUGAGUUUUGCCAAGGACAUUGCAUCUGGCAUGGCGUACCUGCAUUCCAUGAACAUAAUCCACAGAGACCUGAACUCUCACAACUGCCUUGUACGAGAAAAUAACAGUGUGGUAGUGGCAGACUUUGGGCUGGCCCGGCUCAUGGUGGAGGACAAGAACCAGGACAAGCUGUCGCUAGGCAACCCCCAGGGCAUGAAGAAGUCACAUGACCGCAGGAAGAGAUACACGGUGGUGGGAAACCCCUACUGGAUGGCCCCCGAGAUGAUACAUGGAAAGAGUUACGACGAGAAAGUCGACAUCUUCUCCUUCGGGAUUAUGCUUUGCGAGAUCAUCGGGCGGGUCAAUGCCGAUCCAGACUACCUUCCGAGGGCGAUGGACUUUGGGCUGAACGUGAAGGGUUUCCUGGAAACCUUCUGCCCCCCAGACUGCCCACCUGCUUUCUUCCCCAUCGCUGCUCUGUGCUGUGACCUAGACGCUGAAAAAAGGCCGUCCUUUGUUAAGCUGGAGGAGUGGCUGGAGAACCUGAAGAUGCACCUGGACCUGGACAUCCGGCUGCCCCUGGUGUCCGAGCUAGAGCAACUCAGCCGGGACUUCUGGCAGAGGCACCCGCCCUCCGAGAACGGCCUGCACACACACCCCGAGCAGCCCGAGUAGGAGCAGAGCAGGAGCAGGGUGAAGCAGAGAGGGUGUGGUGUGGUGGAUCUGCUUUAGAGAGCCCCACCUCCUCCCACACAGUCACAGUGGUGUAGGUGGUGGUGGAGAGCAGAGGAUGGCUUUAAAGGUCUUUAUCCUUUACCCUUUCCUCUAUGCUAGGCAGUGAUGUCAUGGACACACACUUGCAGAUUCACAUACACGCACACAUCAACAGAUACCUAACACAUACACACACACACACACACACACACACACACACACACACACACACACACACGCGUGUCGCCUUUUGGCGGACGUGAUGUACUGUACUGUGAGUACCUUCUCUGUGGUUGGGAGCCCCGCAGUCCAGUCGGCACGGAUGCCAACCGCUGUGGACUCAGGGAUGGAAGUCCAGCCAUGUCGCGUUGCAAGGGGUGGCCACAAGGAGGCGCCCUUCCCAGCUGCAAGCCUUCAUCUUCCUUACGACUAACGUUAACCUACACUUCCCUUUCUGUCCCUACCACUGCUGCCCCAGUGGGCGCACCUAUUGAAUCAUCUCUUCUUGUGUCUCUCCACCAUCGCUUAUGUGACCCCUGUUCAAUGUACGGCCCUUGACGAUGGCUGAUUGACCCUCAGUCAUCGCCACGUCACUGGUGUGUGUCUGUGUGUUUAAUGUGACUCUAAAGGCUGAAAGCCAGUGAGGAGAGAGGAAAGUCAUUGUCGGAUCAUAAUCAAAAGUGAUAUAUUUGCAUCUCGUCUUCUUUAAAAAGAAAAAGAAAAGAAAAAAAAGCCACAAUCUUCUCUGAGACGUACUGGCAGCUUCAGGGGUAGUGUUGAGCUCUAUGUGAUAUAUCUUUCAUAUAGCGAUUCUACCUAAAUGUUAACUGGUUUUACUUGGUUUGGGUUGGACGAGUGAUUGACGAGUGGUAUUCCUUUAAAAAAACGUGAGCUUAUGAAGAAAAACGUGCUGAGAAUCUACUUCAUAUGAACUCCUCAGACGUAACGCCAUCACAAGUUGAUUCUGGAAAAAAAGCAAGCUUUCAUUCUGUUUUGCGCUUUCACAGUCAGGUCUCGUGUUGACACAAGCCGUAAAACGCUGUCAGUUUCAUGCUUUAACUUAAAACCGUGGAGCGCUAAUAUUUAUGCUAAUAGUCUGAAGCGAUUGCGCACAAUCUUCUCUCUGCAAGUUACAACACCUCCCACAGCACUAAGUAGUAGUAUCCCAUGUGGCACUGCACCAGCAUGCUAGCUUAUAUAGUGAUGUCUGUAGUAUAACCUGGUGACCAGUGAUCAAUAUAUACAGUAUACUUCAUUUCUUUACAGUGAUAGCUUGCUUUUUUGAAUAGACAACAAGAUGUGUACUGAGGAAACAUCGUGAAUGGUGCGCAUGGUUGUAAAUAACUAGUAUGUAGUCCUUCUCCCCUCUUUGUUGUUUCUUCUAACAUCUUAACUCUUUAAGAUCUGAUAGAGUCGGGGGAGAAUAGCAUACUAACUUUACCCAUAGCUAAGAGAGCAGCAUAUUCCAACUUUCUCUCUUUCUAGCAUGGCUCACACAGUUUGGCGGCUGUUUAUGCCUCAAACCUCACACCUCUUAGCUGCGGUUAUUUUUUCACCCCACUGACGUCCAUGGCAUCCCGUCGAGCGCUAAGUCUGCGAAGUGCGAACGGGGCAAUUCUGUGUCUCACCACAGACCUCCUGAGAGGGUACUGAGUAUGGGAAUCAUUUUGGCACCAUAUUUCUCCCCCCUUGUUUUUUUUUUGCAGCACUGAAAAUCAUGUUUAGCCUGGUGGCGAAUGGUACAGUCCUCUAUGGUACAUUGUUUAUUUUUUUCUCAUUGCAUUGGAGUACUUUGACGUUUCAUCAUGUGUAGUCCAACUCUAAUCAGAUGUACAUAACUAUCUAAUAGAAUUUACUUGUAAAUGUUUUAAAUAUUGUAAAUGUACAGACAUAUUUUGUAUACUGAUGCAGCAUUGCCAUGUUUUUAAUUGAUUACACAUUCGAAUGGUUUAAAGCAAAAAGGUUCAGCAGAACAGCCUGUGUAAAAAAAAAAAAACCACCUGUAAAUGGUUGGCAUGGCAACGGUGUGGCAGCUGUGGCCCUUUGUUGACUUCCUGAUUCUGGAAGAUGGAACGGUGUGUCAUGUGACCUGGGGGUGCAUCUGAGGUCACGGGCCCUCCACUUCCACCCUGUGCUUCUCAUGUGUGUUACAUUUGCUCCAUUCCCAGCGACAGAUCGAGUUAUGUUGUUUACGGUCUGUCUGCCCGCCCGUCUGUCUCUCUGUCUGUUAGUCUGCCUGUCUGCUUGUCUGUCUUUCUUGUCUGUUGGCAAGUGUCUGCCUUUUUCUCGUGACCAUCUCCGUCUAAGGAGUUCACUCCCUGGAAAUGCUAGCAAUCGCCGAUCAAUUUCUUUUUUAUAUAUAUUCAAAACCAGCAAAACAAAAGUGGAGGGCGAAAAAAAACCUCAAAAUGCAAUCAUUCACGUUUGCUGUGUGCACGCUCAAGUGAACGCCUCUGCGAAACGCACAGAGACCUCGCCAGCCAGCCUCUUUGCUUCUAAUUGCCAUUUAAAAGUGCUGUCGAGAGUUCUGGUUGCCCCCAUUGGCACACUGCACUGCAUGGCAUUCCAAAUUAGUAUUCAAGAGGCGGUUUGUUUGUGUUUUACCACCCACAACGACAGGCCGCAUGGCUUGGCCACCACUCUUCGCCAUAGUCACUGGUUGUGUGUGUGUGUGUGUGCGUGCGUGACUGUGUGUGUGUGCGUGCCUGUGUGUGUGUGUGCGUGUGUGUCUGUCUCAGCGACCUGUUAUAUUUCCUGUUUACACAAACUCUGCUGGCUGUAAAUAUCCGUGUAUGUGUGUACGUCUCUGUCUGACGACAAGCCUGACUUUAUCUUCCUUCACUCCUCUUUUCCUUCUCUCUUCUGUUUCUAUCUCUCCCUCUGGAGGUGAUGGAGGGAGACACAACAAAGCACUGCGUGGUGCAUCGGCUAGGUGUUAGUUAUUUGCUUUGACAAAAAAGAAAAUAGAAAAGAAGAAAAACCUUCUUUGAGUUAUUCCUGUAACAUUGGAACAAAUAUUGUGUCUGUCGCAAAGGAGAAUAUGGCGGAAGUGUUGCGUUGGUAGACAAGCAUGUACAGUAGAGACAGUGGAUGGAUUGCAGGGGGAUUGCGUUUCUCGACAACAUCGUUGCUAACUAAGUUAGCGACUUACUUAGUUGCAAUGCAACUUCCCAUUGGAAACGUAAUAAGUUGCUAACUGGUUAGCAACGAUACUUUCGAGAAAUGGGGCCUUGGCUGUGUGAUGCAGCCAGGGGGGAAAGGCAUAGGGGAAAGGGGGCUGAGAGGGAGUGGGAAUGGACACAGCAUCUCUUUCUUUUAUUAUAUCGAACCACUAAACUCUUUUUUUGUAUAGAGGUUUAAAGUCAUUUAAUUUGCACUAUAUAGGACAUGGCUGCCCUAUGUUUGUCUCUUAGUUUUAAAAAAGAAAAAAAAUACUGCAAUGGUUCUUAUAUGAAUGCAAGUCACAGAAGGAGCCUUUUUUUGAAAUGUUAAGGGAAGACUCUGGGAUCCUCUCCUCUUGAGUAGCAAACUUUUAAAAAAUAGUGUCUUUCCUAACUAACUUCUCUGCCAUCGCCGAAAUAUGCACGUGCAUUAUUAUCGUCGCACAUCAGCACACAAUUUCACAGUGUAUAACCGUUUGUGAUUUUGGAAGUUAUUUUUGUGGAGAAAUGGCUUUGUUUCUAACGGCACUGUACUGUAACAGUAUCUUAGUACUACUCUUUGCACUGAUGUUACAUGUGUUGCGUGUGCAUUCUUCACACAUUAAUUGUGCAAAUGUAAAAUUAUCCACUGUCCAAAAACUUGACCAGCAUCAUUCCCAUCACGUUUAAUAUCACUGACACUACCAUUUUAUGUGAAUGACCAAAAAUAUAUAUUGAUAACACACUAAAGCAUAGCUUUACAUCAUCUGAUCUAUCCACCUCACUUUUUUGAAACAUAUCUUCCGAGUUUGCUACAAAGGGAGGAGGAGGGAAACCACGAGAGAGACCCUUGCUGUCUACAGAAAGAUCCUUUGUGAAAGAGGUCCUGGUUGUAAUGACCUCAACAUCACUUCUCUUUUCUACACUGGUCCAACAACACCUUUGCUGGUGGACCAUUGAUGAACCGGUUCUGUUGUUAUAGCACUUAUUAUUCCUCCCCAACUCCAGUAUACUCCUCAAUAUGACAGUCCAGCUCAGGGCAAUGCUCUACUGGAGCUUGUGAUGCCGAUGAUGCUUCACCGAAUGCCACAUGUUAAUAACUAGAGCACGGGUUUCAAAGGGUGUCGUGCACCACUUAUUGUAGUGUAUAACAGGAAGAGCAUGCACUCCUGAAAUGUUUAUUAACUGAUUAUCUCUGAGAUAAAACCUCAACUCGCAAAAUAAGUCAGUGCAGGUCACGAAUACAAUCACGAUAAUGAGUUUUGCUGCCUAGUAUGGACUUAUGUCUGUCACCAUGGACUGCCUGUUUCAGUACCUUUCAGGCAUGACUUCUCCAGAAAUCGUCACAGUUUUUCGCCGACACUCAAGCCAAUUCAGAUGCAUGUGCGGAUGUUGCGGCAGUACUUCUUUUCAAAGGAUCUAUACCUCUGAACGUUGCUGUGCCUUUGUUUUAAGCUAGCCUUGCCAACGACUUGUAGCGUGUUUGAAAUGAUUUUUGUAAGAAAAAAAACAGAGAAAGAAAAAUAGAAAAAAAAGGUUGUAAGUCUGAUUCAUUUUGAUUUGAUUGCUGAUUGGUUUUUAAUGAGAUUCACCUCUUGUUCUCUAUAUUUAUAUUUUCCAUAUUUCCAUUGUCUUUUGGGGUAUUUUUUUGAUAUAUGAUUUUUUUGUUUUGUUUUGUUUAAUUUAAUUUUUUACACAAGCUGUGAAAAAAUCUGCACUUUAAUUCCAGUUGUGGACAUUGAGAAUCCAAGGAGAAGACUGUAUUUCAUUGCAGCUGGAAUAAAAUUGCCGCUCCUUAACAGAAAAUGUGUUUCGUGUGUGUCUAUUAUUUUAUA